AUGCAAUCAGAUUUAUUGGAAACCAUUGAAUUAAUAAAACAAACACCAAAUGAUGGAUUAAUACGCGAAAUAUAUGACAGUCGUCUGUACCAGAAAGUCCAACAACUCUUACCGGGAGCUUUAACUUAUAAUGUAAACACAGAUGGCGCUCCAAUGUCUAAGAGUUCAAGUCGUAGCUUCUGGCCAAUCCAACUUCACAUUAAUGAAUUGAAUCCUCGCGUUCGAUUUCGUAACGUCAUACUUGGUGGACUAUUUGUAACUUCUAAAGAGCCGAAACCUGAAUUCAUGAAGAUGUAUUUAUCAAUUUUCAUCGAUCAGGCUAAAGAUCUAAUGAAUAAUGGAGUAAAUUUUACACAUCGAUUGACCGGAAAGAAAAUUAACUAUAAAUUUUACUGUCUUCUACUAUGCAUGGACUCAGUAGCUCGUCCAGUUGUACAGUUUCGCGUACAGUUCAACGGACAUUACGGAUGUAGUUGGUGCUAUGCGUAUGGAUUUUAUGAUGGUAGUGCAAUGCGAUAUCCAAUGUGUCGCAUCGAUCCAAAAUAAAGAUCACACGAAAGUCACUUACAAGACGUUGACAAAGUUGAAAGAAUUUAUCGCGCCGGCUUAACAAUAAACGGUGUAAAAGGUCGAUCGGAACUACUGCGGAUGAAUCAUUUUAAU